GUUUAGUCGCGGAGGGCGUUACUGUCUUUUGCCGUCUCCUUUUCGUUUUCUAUUCUUGCAGACAUCGUUGCUGUUUGAGAAAAUUCAUCAAGAUGGGUCGUAUGCACUCACAUGGAAAGGGUAUAUCCCAGUCUGCCCUUCCUUAUCGUCGAAGUGUGCCAACCUGGUUGAAAUUGACACCAGAAGACUGCAAGGAACUUAUCUAUAAACUAGCAAAGAAAGGACACACACCAUCUCAAAUUGGUGUCAUACUUCGUGACUCGCAUGGAGUGGCCCAAGUGCGCUUCCGUACAGGAAACAAGAUCCUGCGUAUUGUGAAAAGCAUUGGCUUGGCCCCAGAUCUGCCAGAAGAUUUAUAUUAUUUGAUCAAAAAGGCAGUCGCUGUUCGUAAACACUUGGAGCGAAAUCGUAAAGAUAAAGACAGUAAAUUCCGUUUGAUUCUCGUCGAAUCGAGAAUUCACAGGCUAGCACGUUAUUACAAAGCAAAAGGAUCUUUACCGCCGAAUUGGAAAUAUGAAAGUUCGACGGCCAGUGCUCUCGUAGCCUAAUCUUUAUUGUAUUUACUAUAUGCUUAAAUAAAUCUUUGGAAAUACUGA